AAAAUGUAUGAGUUCUAGCAGCCAAUGUAGCAUUCUUUUCCAUUUUUCACAAAACUAUUUUGGUUGACAAUUGUGUACACAUGUCAUAAUAAUUAUUUUUCUAAUUAUUUCGUAUUAUGUUAAAUAUUUGUUGACAAAAUGAGCGACAUUGUUUUAACUCUUGACGAUGAUCAGCCAAGUGCCGAGCGUCCUGCAAUACAGGAAGCAGAACAAGAGAAUAAAGAUGAGGAGGAAGGAGAGGAAGACGAAGAACAUGAAGAGCAAGAGAGGGAAGAGGAAGAAGAAAAUGAAGAGGAGGAAGAGGAAGGAGAAGAAGAGGAGAUAAAGAAACGGAAACAUGUGCCUGUAAUGAGAAGGAUACGUCGAAGGAGAAUAAUAAGAUAUAUUGAGGAGGGAUCUGAAGAAGAGGAGGAAGAAGAGGAAGAAGAGGAGUGGGAGGAAUAUGAAGAGGAAGAGGAAGAAGAGGAAGAGGAAGAGAAAGAGAAAAGGGAAAAGGGCGAAGAAGAAGAAAGCUCAGAAGAAAGUGAGGAAGAAGAGGCAGAGAAACAAGAUAGAAGGAGGGUUGUAUUUGAACGUAAGAAACAAAAGACGAGGAGUCCAUCUUUCUUCGCGAGAAGACAAUCGAGGAGGUUCAGCUUUAAAUUUCAACCCAGUGAUGACACAGGGGUCACCGGAGAUUUUGACGUGUCGAAGGUGUCAGCCCCCCUGAUUCCACCGGCGAGGGAGGUGGUAGAAAAAAAAGCCGAGGCCAAAAAGAAACGUGUCGUGGAAGAAAUUGAGUCCGAAGAGGAGGAACAGGCCAUGGAAGAGGAAGAGGAGGAGGAAGAAGAAAUUUUUGAUAGAGAAGGAUACAUCGAGGAGGCGCGCAAGUUGCAGAACGAGUAUACGAUUGUCAAGAAAAAAAACAAGUUUUUGCAGAAACGCAUGGCUGAACAUUACAGGAAGAAAAAGAUGGAUUAUGUUUUAAAAGAAACAGAUAAUCAAGUGGAAAACGAACGUAGAUAUUUGAAGAAGUUGGACUCACUUGCAUAUUUCAAAAGUUUCGAGGAGUACUCCAGAAAUGCGAUAAAUAUAGAAAUCGGGAGUUUAACAAGUGAACUUGAAGAAAACGUGGAAGAGAUGAAUAAAUCAUUCAAUCAACUCCAAGAAACCGAGAAGAUUACAGGAUCGGGUCUGAUUACUUUAAGAACUGGAAAAGAAAUUCCACAAAAGGUUGUCGAAAAAUACUUGCUGAGACAGUACAAAAAAUGGAAAGAGGUAGCUGAUCGAAGAUUGGCCUAUAUAAAAGCCCGGGAGGCUGUGAAGCAUAAACAUCAGACGCUCGAAGACAUGGAUCGAAUCGGUGAAGGACUUCAUCUAAUCGAUUUUGAACAGCUGAAGAUCGAAAAUCAAAUGCACAUAGACAAAAUCGAAGAGCGUGAUGACGAACUUGGCAAUUUGAGGAAGAAAGGCACCAAAGCGCUCCAAUGUUUGGCACACAUGCGAGAAAAAUUGGCUGAAUUGCAAAUCGAACUCGAUGACAAAAACCUACUGUUGGGAGAACUUCAAAUGGAGUUCAUAGAAGAAAGGGAGCGUCUGAAUUAUUUUAAGGUUGAACGCGAUCGAAUUCGUAAGAAAACCAAUCAGUUACUAGAAAAUUCGGGAUUAUUGCUGAAGUCAAAGUUAUUGUGCGACAUGGAGAGGACAAUGAAGGAAAAUGAGGAGAUGAAACUCAAAGUGGAAGAGGUAAAAAACGAAAAUGCAAAAAUCAAAGAGCACAUAGAAGCAGUUAAGAAAAAUAUGACCAAAAUUCAUCGGUUCAAGUUGCACGCCGAGGAAAGUAAUACGUUGGAAGAGAAGAAAGAGAAACCGUCGAUCGAAAAGGAAAAGGGUAAAAAAAUUUAUAAAGGAAGACCUACGCUGUUUUACCCCACGUUACCCAACAGACUUAAUUCUAUUUAAAAUUGUAUUUAAUCGCUACUCAUACUCAAAUAAACAAAUUUUAAAUAUUUGACCUUACAAAAACCCUUGAUGAAUAGGUCAAAAAGACAGUACAAUUAUUUAUUUAUAGAUGCUGUAUGAAA